CUGUUCGCGUUCGUUUUACUAUCCAUACUGUUUCGCUUUUGUUCUAGCUUUCUCUUGUACCAUCAUGCCUCGGGUACGGAACGGUGAGACAGGCCCUGGGGCGCUUAAGCCUAAAGGAACGCGCGCAAAGUCAGGCUGUUAUACUUGCAGGAUCCGGCGCAAGAAAUGCGAUGAAGCUCGCGAUCAUAACGGCCAUUGCAACACCUGCGUUCGUCUCAAGGUACAAUGCCUUGGAUUUGGAGACAAGCGACCGACAUGGCUCACAAGGUCGAAAUGUGAUGAAAUUCUAUCAAAAAUUAAGCAUUUCAUUGCCGGCGGCUCUGUUCUGCCUGGUCGCGAUCCUUCGUACCUGAUUUUGUGGGAUGGUGACUUGGAGGUCGCCUCUUUUCCAAGCGACGUCGGCCCACCUCUCUGUGAAGACUUCCUUCUCGACAACUUUGGCCCAGUCGAGUUGGAAGGCUUACUAACCCCUUGGAGCCGAGGAAAUCUCUUGUUACCCCAGUCCCCAUCACCCUUUCAUACCACCUCCCAAUCGAUAAUACCCUUCGACUUGUAUCCUACCGAUUUCUUUACCCUUCUACCGUCCUUCAGCGUCAUGGAUGUCGAAUCUAGGCUCUCCGAUGCCCAGCUCGACAAACGCUAUACCGACAUAGUUGUUGCCAUGCAGUACCAAUUUUCCGACGAGGAGACGCGCUCUGAACUUCUGCGCUCCAUUCAGAGUCCCGGACGGCAUCAAGCUUCGACUCGCUUGCUGGCUUUCAUUCAUGAACGGCGCCACACAUCUCCCUUGUCUAUCGCUCUACAGGAUGACUUUGCCCAAUCACGUUAUUCCGACCUCCAGAAAACUCUCAACGACCCCCAUUCUUACGAUGACGACCAAGCGAUGGCUUCCCUGACCAUGAUUUCCACUCUCCUCUUCGAUGGCGGAAUGGGCGAAUGGCAGCAUUGGCUGAACAUGGUGUCCAAACAUGCACAUAUUCUGCUCAGCAAAUAUGCAUCUCCCCAACAUGCUCUCAUGGCAUGUAGCAAAAAGCAGGCUUUCCUCAUCAAAGCGUCCAUUUGGUUUGACGUUCUCGCAUCUGUGACAACUCAGACAGAGCCUAGCUUCCUCCAGGUCACAAGGGAGCUGUUCUCCCCGUAUGCGAGUGGCGUGUCAGAGAUCAACGCUCCCGAUGGCGACAUGAUGACCGUCAUGGGAUGCGAGAGCCGCGUUCUGUGGGCAUUGGCAGAAGUAUCCGCGCUUUCUGCUUGGAAACAGCAAGAAAUCGAUCAAGGCAGGCUGAGCAUCAUACGGCUAGUCCAGCGAGCUGAGCCCAUCUUCCAAUGCCUCAACGAACUGCUGAGCGCAUAUCACCAUCACCCUGGUUCGCGAAACCUGUGUUCGGAGGUGUUCCGGAUGGCCGCGAAGGUCUAUUUGCUCUCCGUCGUAAAUGGGGAUUUCCCAGGUGCAGAAGAUAUGGAGAAGGCUGUGCAGGAGGCGGUACAACUGAUGGCGAAGGCGGAUAACGCGGUGGUGAGGAGCACGGUAUUUGCGUUCUUCGUGUGCGGGUGUCUGACGAAUGACGAGGAGCUGAGGGGGAUUUUGUGUGACCAGCUAAGGAGGGAAGGGAGUGUCGGCAAUUGUGCUGCGGUUCUGGAAUUGUUGGAGCAGGUGUGUGCAGAGCUGAGCGGGAAGCAGGACCCGGUCCCUUGGAGGCGGGCUCUGGCGAACAAGAACUUACUGUUGGUAUGAACUUGUUCCGUUUCUUGUCUUGGAUGUCGCUGCAUGUAUAGCUUGAAUCUGGUUUAGCUUUCGUGUCUUGUCGUUUGUUUUCUGUAGUGUAGUUUUCUUGCUUUGCUGUAGUCGUAGACGACCAGUUAGUUCCGUAACUAGUGUUACGUGUUCGCCUUAUUAGAUGAUCCAUAGUCAUGACUCAUUCCGCCGAGGCGUUCGCUCCCAAAUCUGCUUAUCGAGCGAAGUUACAUGUGUCGCAGCCAACAUAAACAAACCGGCUUUGCCGCCUGCUAAGAG